CUCAAUUUCCUCGUACAAACAAUAUUCUCCCAUACAAUUGUUUUUACCCCCCUUUGUCCAAAUACUUGUAUCGAGUCAGAAAAUCUCUUUUUAAUUUCCUCCCUUUGAUCUUAUCCAUUUAUCAUCAUGCAGUAUCAUUAUCAGUCGGCGGAUCAGGCAUGGGGUUACAGCAACUAUGUUGCGGCGAAGCAUCAGCAGGCGGUGGACCCGCUGGAGAGGGUGGUGAGGCUGGCGUCCGGGAGUGCGGUGGUGAUCUUCAGCUUGAGCUCUUGCUGCAUGUGCCACGCUGUCAAGCGGCUCUUCUGUGGGAUGGGUGUUAACCCGACCGUUUACGAGUUGGAUCAGGACCCGAGAGGCAAGGAGAUUGAAAGGGCUCUCAUGAGGCUUCUGGGGAAUGCUCCCGCCGUUCCGGUGGUUUUCAUCGGCGGCAAGCUUGUCGGGGCAAUGGACCGGGUCAUGGCUUCUCAUAUUAAUGGGACUUUGGUUCCUUUGCUCAAAGAAGCCGGUGCUCUUUGGCUUUGACUUCAUUUAAGAAGUCAAUCCAACAAAAAUUACAACAACAAUUGAUCAGAAUUAGUGACUUGAAAUAUAUAAUUAAUAUAGAUGGUUGGUUCGUAGUAUCAUAAUUUAAGAGGGUUGUUAAUCAUAUUUUAGCAAAAAAAAAAAAAAAAUGAAAAGGGUUUCAAAAAAGGCUGAUUGCAGGGAUGAAUGUAAUGUGUGAUUCGUUUGUUUUAGUUUGUUACGAAUCGAUCAAUUCAAUCCCAUUUUGGAAUUAUAUUGUGAUCAGCCUGCGUGGGGGGGUUUUCUUUUUCUUUUUUCUGUGGUUGUUUUUUUUUUUUUCUCCAUUUCAGAAGGAGAUUUUUAGUUCUGUGUGGAGUUUGUGUGAGAGGGUG